GUGAUUAUGCGUUAGUCCGAAAAAAUGUUAGUGAUAAGUAACCCUCGUGAUAAUUUACUUCCGGAAAGAAAGACGUGUACAUAUUCACUCACAAAUAUGGAUAUUAAAGCUUACCUUCCAGAGGCAAUUAAGAAAAUACCUACACACAUGGAUUUUGUAGGACAGAAAAAGGCAGAGAAAAUGUUUCAGAUGAUUAUUAUAUCAUUUGCUGUGGUUGGCUUCAUCUGGGGCUACAUCUGCCAGCAGUUCUCACAGACCAUGUACAUUCUCAUCACUGGAUUUGUCAUCUCUUGCCUGCUCACAUUGCCACCUUGGAGCAUGUUCAGAAAAAAUCCGUUAUCAUGGCAAAAGGCUAGACCGGAAGCGGAAGAAAUAGGUAGCACAACAACAUCUGCGUCUGCGCAGAAGUCCAAGAAAAAGAAAUAGAAUAAACAUGCUUUUUUUUAGUCAUGUGUACAUGUGAGAAAUUUAGAAUAUUUGUCAAAUCAUUUUUAUUGUAUAAUUUUAACAUUGUGCAUUUGUUUUGAUCUGGUUUCAAAAUUGUUUUGUUUGAAUUUGUUUGAGAGCAGUCUAUCUAUUUGUGUGCAGUUUGAAAUGAUUAGGCUAAUACUUCUGACCAUUGAUUAUCUGAAGCCUCAGUAAUGGAGUUCAUGGCAAAGGUACAUAAAUAUUAUAUUGCACCUCUACCAUUCUAGUCAAUGGCUACAUUGUACAUACUAAAAUAGCCAAAUUCAGAAGUAUUUUGCCAAUGCGAUGCACAUUUAUGUAAGAAAAUCUUGAGCCAGGAAUAACCCUUCGUGUUUUGUCAAAUAUGAAGUACCUGGGUAAUGCGCGAAGGAAAUGUUUGACGAAACAAAUCCUAUUCCAUUUUGCUUGCUGAGAUAUAUGAAAAUUAUUUCUAUUUAUUACAAGAGUUUUCUUCCAUCCUUAAUAAAAUGUCCUGAAGAUUCUA